ACUCAUUACGCAGGAAUACUGCGUACCAACACAGAGGAUAGCAGUAAGAAAAUACGCGAUAUAAAUCUCAUCGAAUCGGCAUAAAAAAGGACUAACAAAAACAGGACCGGUUUGUUUUGAUUUAUAAAAGUGAUUCACUUCGGAAACUGUCAUCAACUUUCGUCACUGGGGCUUCUUAUUUUCAAGAGAAGAUGUUGAAAGUUUACCUCAUGCUGGUUUUGUCUGUGGCUGCUGCUGUUUUCGCUGAGUCGGUACGAGAAACGGAAACAUGGGUACCUCUGAAAAACAAGUCACCCCAUGAGGAUCUGGAGACUUCCGGCGACUCUCCGAAUGAAGAUUUUGAGUUUGCUGAUUUAAACCCAACUGACGAUGAGGAUAGCUUUGAUGACGAUGAUGAUGAAGAUGAUGAUGAUGAUGAUUAUGAUGGCUCAGGCUCUGGGUUUUUAGAAGAACCCAUAGACAGCAAGACUGGUCUCUUCAAUAGUAACCAGAUCCCUGAUUUUAAGGGUCCAUUUGAACCAAGGCCAACUGUCAAUAACGAUGUUUUGGUUAAAAACAAUGAGGUCGGCUUGCCUGGAGCACCAAACCAAGACAAUGACCAGCUCAGCAAUGUGCUCAUGACCCAUGCUGGAGAUGACAACUUGUUAAACAACACAGAGGUGCUUGCAGCUGUUAUUGCGGGCGGAGCAGUUGGUCUGGUCUUCGCCAUCCUCCUCAUCGUCCUGCUGGUUCACUUCGUUCUCCGCAUCAAGAAGAAAGACGAAGGAAGUUACGACCUGGGCAAGACGCCCAUCUACAAGAAAGCUCCUACCACAGAAUUCUAUGCAUGAGCAUCCACACCCUUACAUACCUUCUCUGCCUCUCUUUUGAACUAUAAGCUCACACAGUGCCUCGGCCCGACGGGCCGCCGCCAACCUCUCACAUACCACGAAAACCACAGAAGGACCUCACACAAAUAAUUCACUCUGCCUGGACAUUUGCAUUGAAAUCUUAAAGCGACUCGGAGGGGAUAGCGUCUGUUGCCAAACCGCUCGAUUCAAAAGAAGUUCUUGUCUUGUUCUCUCACACUUACUGCCUUUUCACCACGUGGCCCAUUGUGUCCAUUAUAUAUUUUUAAAUAAAACACUACAAGGUGCAAUGGAGCCAUUCACAGGUUAAAGGCUUUGGAUUGACCAUUGAACCAGCCGUUAUGAAAAACAGUCCGUGUCACGAUCGGUGCUUCAGAAAGGGAUGGUUACUGUAGCCUUUUACGUUAUCAGAUGUCUUUUGUUUUUAAAUCUGUGUGAUGUUAAACUUUUUUUAUUUCCUUAUUAAAACAUCAGAGGUGGAACCAAAUUGAGGGCAUGCAGUAUAUGUUUGAAACUUUUCUGUGAAUUCUGUGAGAGCAAAGCUGAAAUCGGUGUGCUAGACUAAUGUAUACUCAUUUCAACCAUGGUGUUAUGGUACAUUCCUCAUAUCUGUAUCUCAUUGCUGUGUUGGUUUUGUGCGACGAGAGACUUAGUACUGCUAACUAUAGUGCUGCUUGACUGCCAGCUAAGCUCCUUUAACAGGUACAGAUGUUGAUUGAGAAUCGGCUCACUUUAAACAGACUUUGUACAUCCAGGGAUCUGUAUAUAGCCAUUUGAAUAAAAUGUAAAACUUUGGUACUUAGCCAUUUCUUGACAGCCUUUUAUUUACCAAAUAUUUAAAUGCCAAAAUCGUUUUUAUUGUUCUUAUAUCUCAUCCCGGUAUUCGCUUUUGGCGUAAAACCUGUUCGUGAAACGCAGAUGCUUUGCGUCUGUAUCUUUCGAAAACAUUUAUGGAAAAUGUUUUGUUUGAGAACAAUGACCAAUGCUAGUACUAACUUUUUUUUUUCAGUGUUUUUGUAGAUGUUCUUAAUUCCUUUUUUAUUUUACAUUUUUUGGUAUUAAUUUAACUGUCAUAUUUUAUUGCCUGCCUUCAGGUCGGGGGUGUUGCUCCCCCUUCUCAGCUAUUGUACAUGUGAUAAUUUUAUUUUAUUUUUUUUGGUUUUUAGAUUUAUUUUAUAUACCAUAGUGCAAAAAAUUCAAAGGCUGUUAGUCUUUUGACAAGAUUUUUUUUUUUAAGAGUUUCUAUUUCUUUUAGACUUUUUAAGCCGAAUCUAUUUAUGUUUUGUAGAAGGAUGUUCUGGAUUAGUUAAGGGGAACGUGAAUGAGCUGUGCAUUACUAGCAUGGUGUAAAAUGAUUAAAAAAAGAAAAGAGAAAAAUCUGCUGCUUUGUUUGGUCACAUCCAGAUGAAAUCACUGAUCUAAUGUUGAAGUCAAUGAAUCAUUGAUUUUUGCAUGCAGAUUCUGAUCUGUUGAAAAUAAAGCUAUUUUAUGCACAUAA